CUCUCUUGUCGGUAUAUUGCAACAUCAAAGGAUUCUUUUUAUCAAUGAUUGCGUAAUCGAUCAGCGACAGAUAAUCCGAGUAAGACAAAGCAGGGUUAUCGCCCGUGAAUAAGCUGUUGCAUUGUGGGUAUGGACGCGAAAUUUGAAUGGCUCCGAAAGAAAACAAACAUUUCCCGACAGAGAACCGCUGAUCCUCAGAAUGAAUUUAUACGCACAGAAGAGUACCAGCCAAUGAAGACCGAUGACCCCGAAGCUUUCUCCGAGACCGAGGUCCGGAAGAUGAAGAAACUCUCCAAGAGACGGACCCUUCUCUUCAUCCCCAGCUUCCGCAAAAAGAACAUCAAGUUGUUUCGAGAAGACAGCUCCCUCUCGGGCCCCAAGGACAACGACUCUGGUCAGGACAGCGAUUCGGUGAACAGUGGAGAUUCCAAGGGAGAUAACCUCUCCAUCCGUAGCAGCCUGAGUUCCCUGGACAGUGGAUUUGGAUCCACCACCAAUUCCUCUUCCAGUCUGAUGUCUCGCGUGGUGUCCGACAUUCCUGACGUCAUACGGGAGGAGUCCAGAGGUCGUGCCCCCAUUGCUUCACCGGAGGAUGAUUCCCUGUUGGAGGAUCCCAGUGAUGGUUUAGGGGAGGAACCUACUUCCGCAGUAAAGGACGAUGAGAAUUCCCGAGAGGACAAUUCUGCGUCAUCCUUCCACACACUGAGUGAUUCCUGCAGCUGUGAUUCUUGUGGUGACUCUUCUAGUGAUUCUGAGGGGGAGGAUCGUGUGAGGGUGGACGAUUCUUCGGAUUCCGAUUCAGACUUGGCAUCUGUGACCAGAACAGUUACUCCCACAUCCCAGCGAAGUACCUCCACAGACUCAGACAGUGACUCUGAUCUUGACGAGUGCUCCAGUUUCUUUACACAGGAAAAGUGCUUUCUUCCUAAUGCUUCAGGGAAGCCCAGGAACCCAAUUGUACAUACAAAUUCUGUAAAUAGAGGAAACCGUAUCAAGACCAAUGGCAGCGUCAUCAAGAGGAAGUCCCACCAACAGCUGGUGACCCCCCUACCCACAUAUGCACGGAGCCACGCCCUGCCACCUACCACAGCCAAAGCCUGCAGCUCCUCCAGUUUCAGCUCCUCCAGUGCUUUCAAGUCCUUCAACUCCUGUAGUGACUUUACGGAUUCAGUUAGUUCCAGUAGGACUGUGACCUCCUGUGACUUGAUACAGAGGAAUCGGAUCUCCUACUGUGAGCCAGAUGUCAUCCCCAAGCCUGUGCCAAAACUCAGCAGAAGUGAGAGCGAAAGACGAAGCAGGUCUAAACUACGUAGUCCCAUUCUACAAGUCCGCAACCAGAGCCUGAACCGAGAAGUCCUGAAGAGUAUUGCAGUGGUACCAGAUCUCCCACCUGAUUCUUCCAAGUCUCCGGCUGAUAUCCAGCAGUCCAUGCAGAACACUGCGUACUGGGUCAGCAACAGUCGAUACAGCAGUGACCCCGACGACAGUACCCCACUCCUAAAGGACAAGCCUGACGUCAGCGAGCGAGAACUCUGUCAGGAAAUCAUCGGGAUCUACUUUGGUGAGGAUGACAGCGAUAGUUCCCUCUCUUCCUCCUGCCUCGAUAACUCUCUGGACGGCCAGGAUUCCACCUCCUCGUCAUCGUCGUCAGGGGAUUCCACCUACCUCCCACGUACCCUGGAGACGAACCUUGACGAUUUCUCCACAGCUGUCUACAUCCCAGCUAAAGCUUCUGAGGCCCACACCCGCAAAAUCAACAGUGCCAAGGUGACCAAGACAAAGGCGGCAAUGAAAUCCAAAUCUGAUCCCCCAAAUCACAGGAGCCAGGGAGGGACCAAACUUUGCUGUGAGGAGAAGCCUGUACCCAAACUGAGUGAACAGGAGGUGGACACAAUCACCAAACUCCACACUAUCUGUAAUGGACAGCGAAUCGUACGCUAUCUCAACAUGUCCGAACUUCCCAUGGUUCACUUCCCUCCUCCAAAGCGAGCCAGCCGGAUCAUCUGGAAUCCGGAUCUGGAGGAGGUUUCCCUGAGUCACCACUCCCCGCGCAGCACCCCCACCAAGCCACGGUCAGCCCUCAGACAGAGACCCAAAGGAUUCACUUUCCCGUUCCUAGAGGACAAGCCCUCACCCAUAGUCAUCACCAGGGUCCGCAGGAGCAAGUCUAUGUCCAGGGCGUCCAAAGAGUGGCCGUGGUAGGGAACUUUACCGAGUCCGAAGUCCGAGGCAUCCAGAGAGUGGUAGGGUUGCUAAUACCCAUGGGAAGACAACUCUGCUGCUCUGUGUAAGCCAGCAUAGACAUCCCUUUGGGGACUGAGAAGUGUACCUCCCAAUACACCGUCCUUGUCAGUCCGGGGGUCCUCUUGUUGUACGUAGAUCGUUAAGUCGGUAUUCAGACACACAGUUGUGCAGACUUCUGUUGAGAACUUUAGUGACCUUCGUAAGGAGAAAUGUUUGGUUUUCCGAAUUCCGAGACCAGUGCAUCCAAGGAAAUAUAAGAGAGAAAUCGCGAAGAAGGACUUUGUGAAAUAAAGGCGUUGUUGUUCCAUGUCAGAGGGGUUUGUUUUUUAUUGUUUUUAUUUGUUUUUUCUGUUUUUAGCCUUUUGAUGUUUUAUGGUUAUCAUAUUGCCAUGCUUUGAGGUUUUAUGCAUUUGUUAAUGAAAUGUUUUUAGAAAAAAACCUGACAUUUUUAGCUGGAGUAUUAACCCUUUGUGACAAGUCUUACUUUUUUACUUUCGCCCAGUAAGAUUUGUCUUUGAAGGGUAUUUAUUUUACUGUCAUGUAUGGCGGCCAGUCAAAUUUUAGGUAUCAAUAAUGAUUGUAUUUUUGAUAAAAAGUUUUGUAUGUACAUGUAAUGUUGGAAGUCCUUAUAAAUUGUUUGUUAAGAUAUUGUAGAACUUGUGGGCUUUUUUUGAUUGGUCAAAUAAUUUUCCAGGGAGAAAAAUGAAAAAGUCUGAUAUUUCUCUGUAAAUUUGUGGACAUUAAGGAUGUUUAGCCCCUGUAUUUGUAGUUUGACUUCCUGUAGAUGUAGUAUUGUAUGUUCUGUUUUUAUAAGUUUUUCUCAGCAGUAUUUUUUUGUUGUUUGCUCAAGAUCAAACAGUCUCAGUAUUUAAAUUUUUUUUUUGUCAGAAGCUUGCCUUUCAUGUGUUUAUAUCAUCCAUUGUCUCGAGUCAGUUCAUUUCCAUUUGAGAUUAAUCUUGUAUUUUUGGAGGAAUUUUACAGCGAAUUUGUGCAAUAUAUUUAUUUUCUAACCUUGAAUCUGAUGUAUGAUCUCCAUGUUUGAUUAAUAACACCUCCCCGUCGGAGGAUUGAUUACUAACACCUCCCUCAUUGUAUUAUUGUCCUUUAUUUAUUCAGUGAUUACAAACACACAAAACUAGUCCUAUUUGUACAUAACAAAAUGACAUCAACAUUUUGUAAAUAAAUCAUUGA